AUGUCGUCAGAUACGACAGAACAUUGGCAGAUGCCUCUGGGAACACUUCCAUUUCCUCCUGUGGUGCAGGACGUCAACACGAUCAAUUUCGGUUCUCCCAACUCCUUUGAUGACCGGAGUUCCUCAAUAGGCACGAUUCCCUCAGGUGGUAGUCACCAAGCUGUGAGGGAUGUGACGGAAAUGGUGACCAGCUCAUCCUCGAGUGUGACAGCGGCCAUCAAGGCAACCUCAAUCACAUCAGUCUUUCUCGAUGAAUGUCUGCAUAUGUUCUUUGUGAGGUUCAUUCCCACCUUUCCGAUCUUGCACCGGGCGACCUUUGUGUUUCGCGAGUGCACUCACCCUCUUCUGCUGAACGCAAUGGCGCUUGGCUCUUUGUAUCUCGGGCCUAAGGAUUCAGUUGCAAAGGGUGAGGCCUUAUGGCGACUGGCUCAUACUGCUGUUGCUACUUCGUGGCAAUCAUUAAUUACACAUCGCGGACCCUAUGAUGCUUGCAAAGGUGUUCAGCUGCUCAUCACGGCGCUUCUGGGGCAGAUCUAUGGUGCAUUGUCAAAGAAUCGAGUGAUACGUACAACAAGUCAGGUCUUCCGUUCCCUUGGCUUUUUCUGGGCAAGGCACUGUGGCAUGUUAGACAGCGAACCUUUCUCUGUGGAGAACCUCCCCUUGCCCAGUUCUUCGCAAGCCGAAAAAGAUCACCAAUGGCGAGUCUGGGCUGCGAGAGAAAUACAGCAGCGUGCUUUGCUCGCAUAUCACAUCUUAGAUGGCCUUGUGGCGCAAAUGUCGGGAGACGGGGCAUCUACACGACAUGUCACCAAUCCACUUAUCCUUCCUAGCAGUGAGGCUGCGUUCGACGCCAGUAAUUCUGACGAAUGGUUGGCUCACAUGCGGUGUCAAAAGACAGAACAGCCGUCGUUCCGACUGGUGUUUCGCUCUUUGUUUCCUCCAAUUGGCAGUUUUCGCCCGCUCGAUUAUCAGUUUUCUGCGUUUGCGCUUCGCGUAGUCUUAGAAGGCCUCCAGUCUCUUGUCUCAGAUUCGGAUGAAAGCGACCUCGCAGCGGUUGGUGUGCCUAGUCGUUCUGACGUGAGAAGAGCUCUGGCGCAGGUCCACGAAACUAUCAACAUGAGCAUCCACCUCUCCGCUCCGGAACGACUAGAGGUCCUGUUGCGUUGGCAUACCAUCUGUCUCGACACCAUGAUCAAUUCAACAGUGCUCUUUAGGCACGUUUGCUCCCGCUACGACAUCUCCCAGCAAGUGUCUGGAGGGUCUCGGACACUGGGGCCUGGGUUCGACAUGGUGAAGUGGGUGAACACAGAGGACGCUCGCCGCGCCUUGUUGCAUGCCGUUGCCAUCCAGGAUAUCAUUGAGCAACUGCCCAGGGGUCGGGCCCAUGUGAUCCACAUGCCGAGCUCGCUCUUUGCAGCGGCAACGAUUUAUGUGGUCUUUUCGCUAGCAGGCGUCGCAACCAUUCACCUUCCAUGCACAAUUGUAUGGCAGGAUGCUCUUCUGUCGCUCUCUGAUCUUAACCCCGGAAGCGACAGUGUCAGACGGUCGAGUUCCUCCGAGACUCGACGCUUCGUUGAACAAGGUCGGACGGACUCCCCAACUGGUAUGGGUGCGGUUCGGAAUUUGUUGUAUGAGAUGAACUCCAUGCAAAAGCUGUUCCGCUGCCUCAUCUCUCAGUGGGGCAUCGCACACGAUAUGGAGGAGAUUGUGGACCAAUGGAUCAGAUUAUGCCAUUGA